AUGCACCUCGCCACAACAUUGAACGAAUUACUACCCUACUCAAGUAUCAUGGCCAAAGGCUCAAACCUCGUGGAUGAAACCCCGUCGGGUCGUCCGAAUCGGCAUCCAAAAUCCAGUGCGCUCUUUGAUCUGUCCAAUUUCGACAUCAAUGCUGUUCUUAGAGGCAUGCAACUCACACUAGUUGGCGCUCAUCGAGCACUUCAAAAUCCAGCCAUGUUCACCAGCGAUCACUACAAGCAAGCGGCGUAUGCGGUAGCCAUUGGCAUCGCAAUACGUCUCGUUGUAUCCAUUCCCAUUGCCCUGGUUAGGUUUGCCAUUUGGCUACUUUCGCUUUUUAUCUCUUUGGAUUCCGUGACAUGGGACGACUCGCUCAUCAAUGGCAUGGGUUUCAUGGCGGAAUAUGUAUUGCAGAUUCCUUUUUUUCUGAUGGUGCUCAUGCGGUACAUGGUGCCGACUCUGGACAACCUGUUUAUGCAAUCCCUACACUGGGUUGACUUGACAUACACGCAGAAGCACAAGCAUGAUGACCAGGGUCAGCUUCGCGGCCUAUAUUAUCCAAAUUUCAGCCAAUACGGAGAACCCACUGCUAAUAAGCCCAAACCGACUGACGCUUGGGCUGCUGCCUAUACUUUUUUGAGCAGAUUCGGCCGAAAAGCCUUACUUUCUGUUUCCGUUUUUGCGUUGUCUCACGUUCCCUUGAUCGGCAAAUUCGUGCUGCCAGCUGCCAGCUUCUACACUUUCAAUAAAGCCGUUGGGACGGGGCCAGCGGUCGUCAUCUUUGGCGCUGGCGUGUUCUUGCCCCGACGAUAUCUCGUCAUGUUUUUGCAAACAUACUUCUCGUCUCGGAGUUUGAUGCGCGAACUACUGGUACCAUAUUUCUCCCGUGUGCAUUUCACCAAGGAUGAAAAGCGAAACUGGUUCAGAAAUCGCGAAGGUGUUCUAUUUGGCUUUGGGCUCGGCUUUUAUAUCCUCACGCGUGUUCCUCUUGUUGGGUAUCAGAAGCCCGGCAGUACGCCCAACAUCAGCAGAUAUGGAGGAACAAGCACGAAAUACUCAGUCUGUCGUUAG